AUGAAUUGUUCUGGUCGAAACCAUUCCUCGCAGAAGAAGACGUGGAAAUUUAUCCUACAGUUGAACUUUGAUGUGAUUAUCACAGUCGCUGCUUUGCUUGGCACCUAUUUGGUGCUCAGAGCUUUUCACAAAUUUCAAAAUCUGCGAACUGCGUCCAACAUCAUUCUGGUGAGUUUUUCCAUCGCUGACGGUUUACUGGCGCUUUCCCGAAUUCUAGACAUCAUUCAUUUGAGCAUAAGGUAUAAUGCUAAGUGUCUUUUACAUGUUCCUGUUCUUAAGGAGGUAAGCAGAACUUUCACCUUCUUUCUCGUUUCGGUCAUCAUUCUUCAUCUCGCUUUAACGAGUGUGGAGCGUUUCAUCGCCAUCAAGUUCGCCUUAACAUACCACACCAUAGUGACCAAACGCCGAUCGCAGUCUUUUCCAUCGCAUUGUGGCUGUGGGCUCUGGUCGUUACGAUAG